AGUAUAAGAACAAAACACUGUCGUCGUCGCAACCCGUUCCCGCAUCUUCGUCGUCCAUCGCCCACGGACGCCCUCGCACCUCUUCGCUUUUUGAUACACAGGCUGUCUCGGAAGGCGCUAGCGGAUCAGUCAGGCGUCUUUUUCAGGAUCAUAUAUUUUACGGUAGUCACCCAUCAUGCUUCAUUCCCUCCAGCCACAGAAUUUUCCAGACGACCUCGGCCGCUCGAACAGCGUGUAUUCUUCGCUCUCGCCUGCUACAAAUUCUCUGCCUUCCAGCUCCUUUUCAGCUCGCCCCCACUCUGCUUUCGAAACCACCACCCCGCGAGCUCGCCACUCAUUUUUACUGCCCGCUGUUGAUCGCUCCCCUUCCUCCGACGGUCACUCUCCUCAGCAGUCACAGGCGUUGCGCCGCCCACCCUCUUUACCAAACGCCGCCAUUCUUUUAGAGCACAGCCCGGUCCGCAAUAGCACUCUUUGCCGGAGCCAUUCUACCAGAUCUGCAAGGACCAAGUCUAUUCGACGCAAGCCUGUCCCGGCCAUGGUGCUGCCUGCGGCCGAUAAAGAAGUUACAAUCGGCGUUGGUCUUCCACCUAACCAUCCAUUCGCCAAUGUCGCUUCACAAGCUAUGACGAGAAGCAGCAGCUCGUACGGUUACGAGGACAUGCGCUACGGUACGGAGAAGAUCCAUAACAGAUUGGGAACCAGUUCUCAGCUAGCCAACAGGGCGGUAAGUGCGGGAGUGAUGACUCCAGUGCCUCCGCACCGGGUGACGAGCCGACCACAUCUCGAGCGUGCCUGUGCAAGUUCCCCCUCCACUCCCAUCCGCAACACUCAACCGCCUUUCCCUCCGUCAUUCUCCGUACAUCGUUCGGCAGAUCCUCCGCCCAAGCCAUUUCCCCGCAGAGACACAUCUCCGCAUCUCCCCGAACAAUAUGGGCAGCGUCUGCACUCCCGUUUCCCGGAGUACACCCUUUCCGUCGAUCGUCCUCUGCCUCCUGCUCCGACAGACACCGCGUCCAUCCGAUCCACCGACACCGCACCCCCCUCCGCUGCCACUCAUGGAGGUCGUUCCUCCGCUGACAGUGCAAGGAUCAUGACGCCCAUCCAUGGUUCCACCCACGAGCAAGUCGGGCACAGUCGGGAGUCAUCUUGUAGGAGUGGACACAAUGUGUCCUUAUCUGUCCCUCCUAUUAUGCCCAAGAGAUUGAUGUCGGACGAUAUCGUCGUCAGAAGCAAGGGUUCGAAAAAGGUUCAGCAAAAGAUCAAAGUUCCCAAGAAGGUAAUUCUGCUCGGAGGCGAGACUCUUGCAGACGUCGAGUUUAGCGUCGAUAAACUGGUUUCAAGGGAUCGAGUGCUUGAAGCUUCGACAUGUUUUGUGAGAGAUGAGAAUGGUCUUCCGGUCUGCUUUGGUGAUCUCCUUCCGCCCCCUGGUCCUGUCGAAGCUGGCAAACCUACUCCCAAAACUGUCGUCUUCUUCAUCCGUACGUUCUGGUGUGGUCAAUGUCAAGAUUAUACGCUUGCCUCUAUCUCGGUCCUUUCUCCCGAGGCACUCGAGAAGGCAGGUAUCAAGGUGGUCAUCAUUGGUCAUGGGAGCUGGAAGGUCCUCAAGGCGUAUAGGAGGUUGUUCAAGUGCCCGUUCCCUAUCUAUGUGGAUGGACCGAAGAAGCUGUACUCGCUCAUGGGCAUGACGAAAGGUGCACCGAAGACAGCACCCUGGGGUCAUUUCUGGAAAGGUCGAGCAGAGUAUCACCAACGUGCUGUGCCUGGUCAACUCGUCCAUGGUAUCUCUAACGCCCUCUUCAAGAUGCCUGUCAAGCCUCCAGGCGACCUUACCCAAUUAGGUGGUGAAUUCAUCUUCAGCCCUGGGUCUGUCUGCGAGUUCGCACAUCGCAUGACUCACGCCUCUGACCACAUGGAAGCUCCCGAAGUCAUUCGUCUUGCAGGUUGUGACCACCCAACUGUUGAGGAAACUAAAGCGGUCGAACUCGCCGAAUCGCAAAAGGAAGAGCUUGAGAAGCUUCGCAUGGAAAUGGAGAGGUGGAAGAAGGAGAGGGCUGCCGAGCUCGAAGGAAUCAAGAUGCGAAAAGCCGCUCGACGUGGGAUUCCAUACUCUCGUUCACUGGAGAUUGGCCCCCAAAUGGUCCAAGUCUACGACUUUGAAUAUGACUUUGAGGACGGUCUUCAAGUAGCGUAUGAGGAAGGAAAUGAAGAUGAAGCAGAGGCGGUGGACAUGGGGGAACAUUGGGAUGAGAGGUUUGGGAAGGUCAUGUCGCCUGAACAGCAAGUCGGCAGAAAGGAGGAAAAAGAAACGUUUGCAGGGAUUGGGACAAGAGCGAUGGAGACUCGACUCCGACACGAGGCGCGCGGGCAACAACGGGAUGAUGAGGUUGAGAUGGUUUCUCCGGAAGGAAGUGGAAACCUUAACGUUCAUAUUGGGCCGGUCUCAUAAUUGGACUUGAAGACAUUUAACGAAGAAUCAUGGUUUUCAUAUGACGAUAUCAUAGAUGAUUUUUGUUUCCCUUUUUUCAAAUUGAAGGUGUACUGUUAUCAAUAUAAUGUCGAAUAUAAGCUACGAAGACAAUAUACAUCUCUCAUGAAUUUAGACUGCUCUGG